GGCGCGCGGCUCCCGAGUCCCCGCUCGCUCCUCCCCUCAGGUCCCUCCAACCGCCUGAAGGGUGCUUCCCUACCCACCCACUUCGCACUCUUCCUCCGAAGACACGCUGCUCGCCUUUACCGCCAUGCUGCAGCCACAGGCUGUCCACAGGCCUAGGCGCAGCGGCCCGAGAUAGGGUCCCUGGGCUCCCGGGGGAGGAGAGAAGGGAGCGAGCCGCGCGCUCCGCCCCUCCCCCCGGGCUGUCGCCACCGUCGCCGCCACCUCGCCGCCUCAGCCUGGCGGGGAAGAGGAGCAGCCCCAGGCCUCCGGGCCCUAGCACUGCCACCCGCAGGACAUUUCUGAUUCAUUUGCAUCCUUGAAGAGCAUCUGUGGAAGAGAAAGGAAAAGAUGGGUGUGAAAACAUUUACUCAUAGCUCCUCUUCCCACAGCCAGGAAAUGCUCGGAAAGCUCAAUAUGCUGCGAAAUGAUGGACAUUUCUGUGAUAUCACUAUACGUGUCCAGGACAAAAUCUUCCGGGCACACAAGGUGGUACUAGCAGCUUGCAGUGAUUUCUUUCGCACUAAACUUGUGGGCCAAGCAGAGGAUGAGAACAAGAAUGUGUUGGACUUACAUCAUGUUACAGUGACUGGCUUUAUCCCCCUUUUAGAAUAUGCUUACACAGCCACUCUGUCAAUUAAUACAGAAAAUAUUAUUGAUGUUCUGGCUGCAGCCAGCUAUAUGCAAAUGUUUAGCGUUGCUAGCACCUGCUCAGAGUUCAUGAAAUCAAGCAUUUUAUGGAAUACACCCAACAGCCAACCAGAAAAAGGUCUAGAUGCUGGGCAAGAAAAUAAUCCUAACUGCAAUUUUACUUCUCGAGAUGGAAGCAUUUCUCCAGUCUCUUCAGAGUGCAGUGUUGUGGAAAGAACCAUUCCUGUUUGCCGAGAAUCUCGGAGAAAACGUAAAAGCUACAUAGUUAUGUCGCCUGAAAGUCCUGUAAAGGGUAGCACGCAGACAAGUUCUCCCCAGGUAUUGAACUCUUCAGCUUCCUAUUCAGAAAACAGAAACCAAGCUGUUGACUCUUCUUUAGCUUUUCCCUGGACCUUUCCAUUUGGAAUUGAUCGAAGGAUUCAACCUGAGAAGGUUAAGCAGGCAGAAAAUACUCGAACUUUAGAAUUACCUGGCCCAUCUGAGACAGAUAGAAGAGUGGCUGAUUAUGUGACAUGUGAGAGCACAAAAGCUACCUUGCCUCUAGGUGCUGAAGAAGAUGUCCGGGUCAAAGUAGAAAGGUUAAGUGAUGAAGAGGUUCAUGAGGAAGUGUCUCAACCUGUCAGUGCAUCUCAGAGUUCACUGAGUGAUCAGCAGACAGUGCCAGGCAGUGAACAAGUCCAAGAAGACCUUCUGAUUAGUCCACAGUCUUCCUCUAUAGGCUCAGUAGAUGAAGGUGUCACCGAGGGGUUACCAACACUUCAGAGCACUUCUAGCACUAAUGCCCAUGCAGAUGAUGAUGAUCGAUUGGAAAAUGUUCAGUAUCCCUACCAACUCUACAUUGCUCCUUCUACCAGCAGCACAGAGCGGCCAAGUCCAAAUGGUCCAGAUAGACCUUUUCAGUGCCCAACUUGUGGGGUGCGAUUCACCCGCAUUCAGAACCUGAAACAGCACAUGCUCAUCCACUCAGGAAUUAAACCAUUUCAGUGUGACCGCUGUGGGAAAAAGUUCACCAGGGCUUACUCGCUAAAGAUGCAUCGCCUAAAGCAUGAAGGUAAACGCUGUUUCCGGUGCCAGAUAUGUAGUGCCACUUUCACUUCCUUCGGGGAAUAUAAGCACCACAUGAGGGUUUCCCGGCACAUUAUCCGCAAGCCUCGGAUUUACGAGUGCAAAACAUGUGGCGCCAUGUUCACCAACUCUGGAAAUUUAAUCGUGCACCUGAGGAGUCUGAACCAUGAAGCGUCAGAGCUAGCAAACUACUUCCAGAGCAGUGAUUUCCUAGUACCGGACUACUUAAACCAGGAGCAAGAAGAGACCCUUGUUCAGUAUGAUCUUGGAGAACACUCCUUUGAAAGCAACUCCUCUGUUCAAAUGCCUGUCAUUUCACAGGUCUCCUCCACCCAGAAUUGUGAGAGCACUUUUCCCUUGGGGGCUCUUGGUGGGCUGGUGGAAAAGGAGGACGAAAUGCCAGAGCAGCCAAAGAGCAGUGCCUGUGCUGAGGCAACCAGAGAGGACCUCCCCAAAUCAGAGCUGUCUUCUAUAACUAUUGAGUGAUUCUGUGGUUUGGCUUCUUUUUUUAUUUUUAGAAAGUGCCUGUGCGUGGUCUUAUACAUUUAAAUUUAAUUUAACUUUUUAAACACAAAAAAAGCAUUUGGGAAAGAAUUUUUCUUUAUAGUUUGGAAGCCCUGCAACUGAGGUUUUAUUCCUCAUGAUGAGAUACUGCUUCUUUAAUUACACAAUAUAGUUCAAUGUUUAAAAUUGAAGUCUUAAGAAAAAUUAGCAAGUCUAAAAUAUAGAUGAGUUUCUUCUUCCAUUGUAAAAACGCAGCUAACAGCGGCAUUAGAUAAAGAGGAAGUUAGAUGAUUAUUGACUUUCUUGAGAUGAAAGAGUAUACACGAAGAAAUUACUAAACAGAGUUUGACAAAUGAUUUGAGUAACUCUUUAUUCUUAUGCUCAAGGAAGUCAUAGAGUAUUUUGUAAAGCCUAUUGUUUUUGGAAGUAUUUAUGGUCCAGCUUUCAAAUUAUUAGGGCAAAUAUUUCUGAAACCCAAAUUAAUCUCUAAGCUUUGUCCAUCUCUAGUAUAAUUUUUUUAUGGUGAGAAAUUGGUAUAGGCAUUCCCAGUACUUCUUGAUAGAGAAUAAUCAACUGUACAUGAAAUGACCAGGCCUGGAUGGAGACAAUACAGUAGGAAUUACGUUUUUACUACUGCUUUUCUGACAACAGUCAUGUUUACCUGGUCUUUGACUCGUAAUGCCUGGCUAAUUAGUUCAUUGCUAAAGUCAGUUUUCCUCUUCUCCCAUCACCAUGCUUCCCUUGUAUAUUUGAAUGGGCUACUAUAUAAAGGAAAAAUAUUGGAAAUAAGUCUAUAUUUUAUAUAUAGGUUUAUGUAUCAUUGGGGAUAUUUUAUUGUGCUCUUUUGGACAAAAUAAAUUAUUUGUUGAGGCUACAUUCUUAAACCAACUAAGGUUUACAGAAAUUCCAUAUGACAGUGAUAUAUUAUUCUUGUUCAAAAAUAUUUUCAGACAUUGCCAAGUUCAUUAAAGACAGUUACAAUUGUUAUUCAUACAAGUAAGCAAUAAUGUAAAAGAUAAAUGCUAUUAAAUUAUCAAUGGUUCAUAAAUUUAUUGGGGGGAAAAGUGAGAAUUAUUAAAAUUAAAAGCUAAAAACAAUGAACAACACAUUUUUUUGCUGCUAAGAGUGCAACUUAUCAUUUGUAGUUGAAAUUUAUGAUGCUCUUGACUAGGGUAUAUAUUUUUUAUUUGAUGCCAUUAAAGCACAACUAAUCUUGAUCCUAAAUAUUCUUGAGUCCAUGAAUAAAGAGCAUGUGACUCUCUUCCUGUAUCUAAACCCAAAGUUAAAUAGUUAGGAAAAUACCACAAUGGAUUAGGAAUAAAAGAAAUAAAUGCAACCCCUUAGAUCAAAAUUUUGUUUAGGGACAAGACCUUAGUAAUUAAAAUAUAUUUUUUUAAAUUAUAAUGUUUACAUUGUAAUUUAAAUUUUUAAUCGAUUCAUUUUAA